CAACCGGAACGAAGACCGAUUCGCGGUUCAUCGGCAUAGAUGGGCAGAAAGCGAGAACGCCGCACCGGAGAUCGCGCCGACUCGUCUCAGACGCUCACUGAAUCAGAUCGCAAAGGCAACACCACCACCGCAACGGUAUUAUUGCUCUUUCUAGUUCCUAUCGUUUCCGUUAUAGUUUACCGUAUAUUGCACACCCCUUCUCCGGCUACCCCCGACCUACCGUAUGUCUACCGCCGAGGACUCGUUGCUGACAAAAUUGACUACCACCAAGUUCUCCAUGAGAAUACGAUGACUUCGGAGAAUUCAUCUCGAAGAAAUUUUGAAAAUCCUGUGCUUGCUUACAUUACUCCAUGGAAUUCACAAGGGUAUGAAAUGGCAAAGAAGUUUAGCAAUAAGUUGACUCAUCUUUCCCCUGUUUGGUACGAACUAAAGAGCCAGGAAACAAAAUUGGUUUUGGAGGGAAGGCAUAAUGCUGAUAAACGUUGGAUCGCAGAUAUCAAGAGGACUGGAAAUUCUCAGAUUUUACCUAGAGUUGUUUUGGAAGCAAUUCCCCUGGAUCUGCUGAAAAAGAAAAAACAGAGGGAGAGAGCAAUCAAUCUUAUUGUUACAGAAUGCAAGGAAAUGGGAUACGAUGGUAUCGUGUUGGAGUCCUGGUCAAGAUGGGCAGCCUAUGGAAUUUUGCAUGAUCCAGGCAUGCGAAUUACAGCUCUGCAGUUUGUCAUUCAGCUCGGACAAGCCAUGCAUUCCGUUAGCUUGGAUCAGCAUAAAAGGCAGAGUUUGCAAUUAGUAUAUGUCAUAGGUCCACCCCGCUCAAAGGAGUUGGAAGAAUAUGAUUUUGGCCCAGAAGAUCUUCGAAGAUUAGGUGAUGAUGUGGAUGGUUUCUCUCUUAUGACUUACGAUUUCUCAGGUCCACAGAAUCCAGGUCCAAAUGCACCUUUGAAGUGGAUUCACUCUACCUUGGAACUUCUCCUUGAUGCCAGCACUGGUGGAAAUGAGAAACUGGCCAAAAAGAUUUUCAUCGGCAUCAACUUCUAUGGGAAUGAUUUUGUUGUUUCUGGGGGCUUAGGUGGCGGGCCUAUCGUGGGAAGAGAGUAUGUAUCUUUGCUGGAGCAACACAGACCCCAACUGCAGUGGGAGAAGAAUAGUGAAGAGCAUUUCUUCCUGUACAUCGACAAUCAGGACGUUAAGCACGUCGUGUUCUAUCCAACCCUGAAGUCAAUUGCAACGCGGCUGCAGGAGGCUGCUUCCUGGGGUGCCGGCAUCUCAAUCUGGGAAAUUGGUCAGGGAUUGGAAUAUUUCUUCGAUCUUUUAAACUCAAGAAAAACAGUGGCAAUGGAGGCCCUCAAUGCAGCUGGCUUGUUGUCCCCACUCUCAGUUCUUGCAAAAACAACAAAGCCCAGAAAACAUUUGUCAGCAGCCGCCAUUCCUCAAUUCAAGAUUCAAAAUCCCGCAGAGAAUGUGUUGUCAUCUGUUUCAAGAAAGCUGCAGUGCGGUCUGGUGGUCUUAUCUUCAGUUAUGAGUUCUGAACUAGCCAAAGCGCUGACAUACGAAGAAGCCCUGCAGCAGACAACCACAGGAUCAGACACUGGUGGAGUUCUUGACACUGUAAUCAGUUUUGCCACGGACAAUCCGCUGAUUAUUGGCGGCGGAUUGGUGGGGCUGGCGGUGCCACUGGUGGUGUCUCAGCUCUUCAGCAAGCCAAAGCCAUGGGGAGUGGAGACUGCCAAGAAUGCUUAUGCAAAACUGGGUGGUGAUGAUGCCAAUGCUCAGUUGCUGGAUAUACGAGCCCCGUUAGACAUCAAAGAAAGCGGAAGCCCGGAUAUUCGAGGCCUCAAGAAGAAGCCGGUGACAGUUGCCUACAAAGGUGAAGACAAGUCAGGAUUCUUGAGCAAGCUGUCUUCGAAGUUUAAAGAUCCAGAAAACACCACUCUGUUCAUUCUGGACAAAUUUGAUGGGAACUCUGAACUUGUCGCGGAGCUGGUAACGGUCAAUGGCUUCAAAGCUGCUUAUGGAAUCAAAGAUGGUGCUGAAGGACCGCGAGGAUGGAAGAGCAGUGGCCUUCCUUGGAUAUCCCCAAAGAAAUCCGUGGGCAUCGACCUGAGUAGUCUGACAGAUUCGUUUGGGGACGCUUCUGAAGCUUUGCCUCUGGUCCUCGGUGUUGCAGCUGCUGCUGGUCUUGGGCUAUUGGCUUAUACAGAGGUAGAAACGAUUCUCCAGGUCUUGGGAUCAGUUGGUCUUGUCCAGUUUGUGAGCAAGAAAUUCCUGUUCGCAAAGGAUCGGAAGCAAACUGUUCAGCAGAUUGAUGAGGUCUUGAACGCGAAAGUUGGUGCAAAGGAGCUUGUUGGUGACAUACAGGAUAUCGGAAAGGCUCUUCUGCCACCGAUCAUUUCCAGCAAAUCUCUGCCUGCAGCAGCAGAGGUGACCACCAGCCCCAGCAUUGUGCAGGAAGCCGAGUCUGUUCCUGAGGCAAACAGCACUCCUCCAGAAGUCGAGGCAGCUCCAGAGCCAACUCCGGAGGUCAAUUCUGUCCCUAAAGCAGAAGUUGAAGAAGAAUCUCUUCCUCUACCUCCAAGGCCUCUUUCACCCUAUCCCAAUUACCCCGAUUAUAAGCCUCCGACUUCACCAAUACCAUCGCGGCCAUGAGGUUGCAGCUGUGCUCGUGCAAUAAAUCAAGCGUUGGGGAGAAUCUAUGUAAAAUCCACUCUUACAAGAGUUUUUUGAACAUGCAUAAAUGUGUGAAAAAGACAUACUACUAUAUCUCAUUCUUUGUAUUUUGUGUGAUGUAAAUGGUGUAUCUGAAUAUGGUAUGUUAAGAGUUUCUACUUGGCAUGCCCAAAAA